AUGCCACCUAAGCGCAAGAGGUCCAACACCGUUGGCUCGGUCAAGAAAGACGCCAUGGAUGUGGUGCAGCCAUUGUCUCGCGACGCGUCCAAUGAGGGCGUCAAAGAUUCGGUUCUGCAGCAAGUCACGUCCAAGAAAGAGCGCCAGGCCGAAUCGACAGGCGCGACAAAACGCGGACGCGCCGGACCCCCCAACGACGACAGCGACGCCGACGACGACGACGACGACGACGGCGAGCGCAUCAGCAAGAAGAGCAAGCGCUCCUCCGCCGACAUACUCAAGAACGGCGAGAAUGGUGAGGCCAGCACAAUGCGCAUGGAGGCGCCCCCAGGUGCCGGUCUCACGGACCCCGCCGGUGGGUUCAAGACGAAUCCCCCCUCAUUGGACCGCCCCAUCAGAGUGUACGCAGACGGUGUCUUUGACCUCUUCCACAUCGGUCACAUGCGCGCAUUGCAGCAAGCCAAGAGCGCCUUUGCCCACUUAGCUCCCAACAAUCCCCAGGUCGAGCUCGUAGUCGGCGUCACGGGCGACACGGAGACGCACAAGCGCAAGGGCCUUACUGUCUUAUCGGCGAGGGAACGCGCCGAGAGUGUGCGACACUGCAAAUGGGUCGACGAGGUCAUCCCUGACUGUCCUUGGAUCGUUACAACCGACUUCCUCGAGAAGCACAAGAUCGACUAUGUCGCCCACGACGACCUUCCCUACGGCGCCGAUGAGGGCGACGACAUCUACGGACCUAUCAAAGAGAGGGGCAUGUUCCUUGUUACCCAGCGAACCGAGGGUCUGAGCACAACGGGUAUCAUCACCAAGAUCGUCCGCGACUAUGACCAGUACAUCGACCGCCAGCUCAAGCGUGGCACGUCGCGCAAGGAGCUCAACGUCUCAUGGCUCAAGAAGAACGAGCUCGAUCUUAAGCGCAACAUGGUGGAGUUCCGCGACAGCAUCAAGGCCAACUGGGCCACUACUGGGCAAGAACUUACAAAGGACUUCCGUCAGUUCUGGCAAUCGAGUCGCCCAGCUAGUCCAGCCAGGACGCCUACCCGUGAACACUCGAACGCCAUGGAGCAGGCUGCCGUGGACGCCCGAUCACCGUCUGCUCUGUCGAGACUUAGUCAUCUAGACAUUCCGCGUGCAAGCAAUGCAGAAAGAGGAAGCUCCGAGUUCACAGCUGGUUACAACCUGGGUUUGAUCGGUGGUGUGAGGGCAUGGAUGGCCAGGAGUCGCCGCAACUUGAACGACAGCAGGCCACAAAGCCCAUCAAACAGCAGCGACGACGAGCGCGAAGACCGCAGUCCCCAAGCUGAGCCUCGCCGGGGACGCAGCGGCAAGAAGAGCGACGACCUGGACAUUGAGGCUUAG